ACGCUCUUAUACUUUACCGAUGGAAAAUAUUACAAAUAUCACCACUAACAACGUCAUAAAACGAUAUGUCAAUGAUUCCAGUUCAGAGCAAGUAAUGGAGAACACCGUUUUAAUGGCAACAUAUAUAGUACUUUACUGUGUUAUAUUUAUAUUAGGUGUGAGUGGAAACUGCCUGGUUGUAUUUGUUGUUGUGCGUAAAAAGGAAAUGAGGACCGUUAUCAACAUCUUUAUUACAAAUCUGGCUGUUUCAGAUAUUCUUUUGUGUUUACUAGCUGUACCGUUUACUCCAAUAUCAUAUUACUUGCAAUCCUGGGUAUUUGGAGAGUUCUUUUGUCAUUUAGUAUCAAUGACCUUGGCAAUUUGUGUGUACGUAUCAACUCUAACAUCUACCACUAUUGCAGUUAUUCGGUAUAGGGCAAUUGUAUAUCCUUUAACACCGCCGAUACAGAUUUCCAAUUGUUAUCGGAUUAUUGUAAUCAUUUGGCUUAUAUCUAUUUCGAUAUCAGUUCCUCUUGGAGUUUACACGAGAAUUACUCAAAGUAGAGACGGAUCUAUCGAUUGUGUGGAAAGAUGGCCAACCGAUCAAUCGUCACAAAUAUUCAGCAUAACUAGUCUUCUGCUUCAAUAUAUUGUGCCUUGCUUUAUAAUUAUGUAUUGUUAUACAAGCGUUUUUUUAGUUUUGAAAAGGCGUAUACAGUCUGGUUCUUUAAAUCAAUCAAAGACUAAAAAGCAAGAAGAGAUAGAUAUGAAAAGAAAACAGCAUACGAACAAGAUGUUGGUCACUAUGGUUACUAUUUUUGUUUGUUGUUGGCUGCCUCUAAAUAUAACAAUAUCCUUAGCUGAAUAUAUAUCGACUUUCUCAAACUGGCACUACUUCACAUUAUGUUUCUUUAGUGCUCACAUAGUAGCUAUGAGUUCUGUGAUUUACAAUCCAUUUCUUUACGGCUGUAUGAGUGACAAUUUCAAAAAUGAAUUUAAGUCACUAUUUUAAAGACACAGGGAUGGUAAAUGAGUGAAUCUUUAAAAUCAUUAAUAUGUCAUGUAACAAUAUCUGAACAUGAUUGUUAAAGACACUAAUCAUCAGAGUACAUGCAUAAGAUAAACGUUACCAGACUAAAUGCAUGAUAAGUUGUUCGCUGUCAGUUAGGUUAUUGUCGAUAGCAUUUACUUCAAAAUAAGAUAGAAAAAUACUAGAAACAAAAAUAUCGUUGAUCCCUGUUACAUUCAUCUGGUAUGUCUAGUGUCAUAGAUUGAAGGCCUAGUAUAUUUGUGGAUUUUGCAGAUCCCCCUUUUUAGGCAUUUUGAUUAAAAAUUAAAAAUCAGACAUCUGUGGUAAUUUUAUGACAGAAGGCAAGUUUUGUAAACAUCCUCUUUCUCUGUCGCCAUAACGGUCAUAGUUCAAAUCAAUUAUCGUGUUCCCUCGAGCUUUUUUGUAUGUGAUGUGUAACAUAUCGUGUAGAUUCACUUGGCGAUUAUUAAAAAAUCCAUAAAUCAUAAAUGGUUUAAAAGCUUUAGCUUGAAAUUUUCGUAUGUUAUUCCCUGUUGUGAAAAAUUACCAACAGCACAGAAGUUUGAUAGUGUUGUCGUUCACCAUAGUGGGUAUCGAAAGGCUCUUACUGAGUGUUGUGCAAUAAUGAUUGUAAUAUCUUUUCAGUAUUUAGGGUUUGAACUAUGCUUUCAAUCUGUGACGUAAAAACUGAAAAUCCAUGUACGUACUGUUUAUUGGAUAAUCCCGAGUUUAUUAUAUUAGAUAUGCUAAUCCAAAAGAACUUCUGAUCAAUAAAGCUAA